ACCAUGGCAUCACUAUAGCCGGUUUCUUAAUUGUAAACAAGUUUAUAGAUUUUCUUAAAUAAUCAAGAAAUGGCUACAUUUAAACCAAAAUUCUUGAAGCCAGAUACAGACGAUGCCAUUGAAGACAGCAGGACCAGCGAGCAGCAAGAAUCUGCCUUUGUUUUCAAUGCUAACCACAAUCUGGGCCUAACUGAACAGCGGGAACGUUUGCCUAUACGAAAAUACCGGGACCAAAUUCUGUACUGCUUGGAGAAUUACCAAGUGGUUAUAUUGGUGGGCGAAACAGGCAGCGGAAAGAGCACUCAAGUUCCUCAGUACCUGUACGAAUAUGGAUGGCAUUCCAAAGGUUUCAUUGGCAUCACCGAACCCCGCCGAGUUUCCACCAUAACUCUGGCUAAUCGCGUAGCUCAGGAACGAGGAGAACUAGUCGGCGAUUCGGUCGGCUAUGUGGUGCGUUUCCAGGAGAGGAUGACCCCUGAGACUAAAAUCAAGUUCAUGACAGAGGGAAUCCUUUUGCGUGAACUUCUGGGUGACCCUUUGCUUACCCAGUACGGAGUUAUCAUUGUGGACGAGGCCCACGAGCGAAACAUGCUCACCGACAUGGUUCUGGGAUUGCUUAAGAAGAUUUUAAAGAAACGAAGCAGCCUAAAGAUCAUCAUAUCCUCGGCCACCAUUGACGCAAGUUUCUUCAGCGAGUUCUUCAGCUGGCCGGGUUCUGGAGAGGUUAGUGUGAAACUGACCAUCGAAGGACGCAUGCAUGCAGUGAGCAAUUUCUACCUCAACGAACCAUGCGCUGAUUACGUGAAGGAGACGGUGGAAACAGUUUGGAAACUACACCAGAAAGAGCCACCUGGCGAUAUUCUAGCCUUCUUAACCGGCCAGGAGGAAGUGCUGGAGGCAUUGGAUCUGCUGCGAGAAUAUGUUCAUAGUUCAGGGGUGGAGAACCUUAAAGUACUACCCAUGUACGGCAGCAUGUCGAGCACCGAUCAGCUGGCGGUAUUUUUUACUCCCCCAAAGGGCGUGCGAAAGGUAGUUCUGGCCACAAAUAUUGCCGAGACUUCCAUCACUAUACCGGGCAUCGUUUACGUGAUAGACUGUGGGUUCGUCAAGGUCAAGUGGUACAAUCCCAGAACUUCCAGCGACAGUCUGGUGGUUGUGCCCGUAAGCAAGGCGUCUGCAGUUCAAAGAGCGGGACGAGCGGGUCGUGUAAGGCCCGGAAAAGUAUACCACUUGUACACCAAGGCAGACUACGAUUCCCUGGUUCCGAGGCAGCCUCCCGAAAUGCGCAGGAGCGAAAUGAGUGGAGCGGUGCUCCAAUUGAAAGCUCUGGGCAUUCGCAACAUCUUGCGCUUCGAUUUUCCCUCCCCGCCGCCGGCUCAGAAUCUGCUCUCAGCUUUGGAAACACUCUUUGCUUUAGACGCUAUCGAUGAGCAGGGAAAUCUCACCAAGCCCGUGGGAUACCUCCUUGCUGAACUUCCCUUUGGUGCUAUGCUCUCGAAGAUGCUGUAUGUUUCUGGACAGAUGGGGUGCUCAGAGGAGAUCAUAACUAUUAUAGCUAUGCUUCAAGUGCAAAAUGUGUUCUCGCGACCAGUUUCUGCGGCAGCCCAACAGAGUGGAAGGAUCGCUCACCGGCAUUUCGAGGUGGCGGAGGGUGAUUUCAUCACACUCUUAAAUAUCUACACCGCCUUCGUGGAGGAGGGCAGGACGAAGGAGUUCUGCGGCCAGUAUUACCUCAUCUAUCGAAAUCUAAAGCGCGCAUACGAGUUAAGGGAGCAACUGAUUACAUUGGUCAGCAAAAAGUAUGGCAUACCGAUCUUCUCCUGCAAAGGGGAUGUGCAAAUUAUAUGCAAAUGCAUAACCGCCGGCUUCUUCACUCAAGUGGCUUAUCUGCAUCAUUCCGGAGUUUACAGGCAGAUAAGCAGCGGAACCGAGCUGGCCAUCCACCCAGACUCUACCCUAUAUACUUUGCCCCAAGCACAGUACGUGGUCUAUGGAGAGCUGCUCCAGACCACCAAGUUGUUCAUGAAUCGUGUUACUGUCAUCCAGAGGGAAUGGUUGACAGAGUUGGCACCACAUUACUACCAACAAACAACGGUGCUGGAAUAAGAUUUAAUUCUAUGUAUAAUCGCCUCUUUUAAAACAACUUAAACUAAAGGACUUCCUCUUUCGAAUUUCAAAUCUUUUCUUGAAAAUCAACCAGAUGCCACGCGUCCUCGUCCUUGGAACAUCAUCAUGGAUUCUGGACCGCGAAUGACACGAUACAUCAGCUCCCAACACAUCUUGGCGGGCAACAGGCUACAGAAAAAAUAU